AUGGUGUGUUUUCAGGUGCAAAAUAAGUUUACAAGGAGUUUACUCGACCCUCUACCCUAUUGCCCCAGAGGGGAACCAGAGGAGCAGCUACUCGACCAAUUAUUCAUUGCCUCAGAGGGGAAGCAGCAGAGCAGCUACUCGACCAGGGAACCAGAGGAAGCAGCAAUCUACUCGACCAGUUUACUCGAUCCAGGCAGCCACAGAGGAGGCAGCAGAUUCUACUCGAUCAAGGCGGCCUUAGAGGAAGCAACAGAUCGAUCUACUUGCCCCUCCUACUCGAUCCUCUACUUGACCCCUUUACUCGAUCAAGGGCGACCUACUCUACAAGACUUGUUGAUCAUUCAAAGCGUCUUCGGAUCCUCCUCAUUCCCCACUCAAUCAGACAGUUGA